UUUCGUAAAAUCUUUUUUUUUUCGUUUCGUUUUUACGCGGGAAUUCAAACGUCAAGAUGACAGUUCGAAAGUGGUUCAAAACGGGCGGUGAUGUGAAACAUUUGUUUUUUAUUUUAGUGCUUUUAUCGAUAGUCGACGACUUAUCGUAUAUGUGCAGAGGAGAAAAUUAUGAUAGGGAUUCGAGGAAAUUGUUUGGCGGAUACCGGAUAACGCCUAUGUACUGCAAAGCAAGCCGCGUCGCCAAAUACAAUAGAGGGAAGACCAUUUGCAUGUUCAAUCAUGAAUGCGGGCAACGAGGUGGAGAGGUCGUUGGCGCUUGUAUGGACGGAUUCCUAUUCGGAGCUUGUUGCCAACUCAAAUCCGACAGCCAAUCUCACAUACCCAAAGGCCCCGGUGUCGUCAUGACCAGCUACUUAGAUUACCCGGACGCGGAUUCCACUGAAGACUAUGACGUCGAGCAAAUAAACGCGUGGCAUAACAGUUUCAAGCCUGUAGUCACGCCGGGCUAUAGACCAGCCGACAAGACGACGACAACUAAACCCGUGGAAGAAGAAACGCAAAGUGUUUCCGCCGAAAUACUAUCCGAAGGACUUACACAAAUAACUAACACUCUACUUAGCACACCACCGAAAGACAGUAGCUUUGUAUAUGUAAAACCGAAGCCAGAUUACACGUACAGCGGUAUAGACCACAGCGUGCCUGAGACUAUAUUGGUGCACACGAACGGAAGCAUUGUUGACGACGUAGCCAGACCUUCGGACUUCAAUGUCCAAGUGUCGUCGAUGCAAACAAAACCUACAGCGUCACCGACGACCAGCAGCACUGCCUCGCCGAUGACCAUAUCAACCCACCGACCAGUUUUCUCUAAGCCGGUUUUCAGACCGAAACCGACAACUACAACAGAAAAUUAUAUCAUGAUUUCCACUAUUAUGAAAGAAUCAACGAAGCCCGAACUAACCUCAAUUAAUACAAUCAUUAACAUGCUUAAUGAUUCAACUCCGAAUUUCAAUGAUGAUGCAACUAGAGCUCCCAUUGAAGAUGUCUUAGAAACCAAAUCGUCUCCUACUCCAAUCGGGACGGUAUCAUCAGCUUCGUUCAGUACAAACCAUUACCCAACAUCAGGUCAUUACGUGACCUUAAAGCCGUCUUCAUACUCAAGUACAUACUCACAGACCAAUGGUAUUUCAACAAACAGACCACAGACAAACAAACUACCAUCGUAUACAACUGCUAAUACCAUUCAAGAUGAUGAAAAGACUUCUACAAAACCUUACGUUUCUUUGAACCCUUCUAGUCAGGCUAUAGAUGCCUUUAAUAGAUAUCCAACAGAUCCAAAUGACUUUGGAGAUAAAGUUACAACGUUUGCUUAUUUUAGUACUACAACUACAACAAAACCCACAACCACAUCCAGACGGCCACCGUCUACCAGCUACGUCAUAGGAACUCAGCCGUCCAGAAGACCGACUCCAAUGCCAGGUUACGCUUCAGCACCUGAUUCAUUUUCCAGCGUGACCCCAACGGUUAUAGUUCUAAACGGCUUCCAAACCCCUGAACCUGAAAAGGAACCGGAAUUCGUAGAGAUAUCUCAGGAACCAUUUAAAAAACCAGUCAGUCAGAUAACAGUUAAUAAUCAUAUCGAAUCGACGAAUAACAUUUACAUGGGAAAACCGCCUCAGACAUUUGAAAAACCAUCUUCCCCCACUAUAGUAAUUACACCUAAGCCGGUUCCAAACACAACUCCGUACCCGGUUAAGGCAGCGACUAAACCAUUCUUUACGACAGCGGCCUUCGAAACCGAAUCACCGACCACAUACAAACCGGAAUUGCAAACUUCUCCGGAUGACUUGAUAAACUUCCCACCCGUCCGUAACCCUAUGCUCAACGCUACAGGCUCUAAUACCGCUUUAUAUAACACAAGCAUUUCCUUAGCCGACAACGAGCUAGAUAUAUUACAUGACAUUGAUUUCACAACGCCAACAUGGAAGGAAGACGAGAAAUUCAAGGACAAAAUGAACAUUUUCGUCAGUAAAAUAGUGGGUAGCCUUCAAGGCACCUUCCAGGAAUUACAUGACAUAGUAAUUCUGGAUAAAAAACCGAAUUUGACAACGACCACACAAAAACCGAAGAAGACGUUAGCGACAACCAAGAAACCCUUGGUUACGACUAGGAAACCAGUGAGGUUGACCCCGACGACAAGACGACCGACAACCCGGACAACUAAAAAGCCGACUAAAUUGACAACUGCUGCCCGGAGAACGACAACCACCGCUGCCCCCACGACAACCGUUGCAUCAACAAAGAAACCGGUCACGACAACCAAAAAAACCAAACCCACCAAGAAAGCGACUACCACGGUCGCGCCGACGUCAACCGUCGACUACGAUGACGUCACUGUUGAAAACCUCGCCGAUCAAGUCGUGGAUUAUAAUGACAAGAAUCUCUGCGGUGUUAGACCAUUAUCGAAAUCUGGUCGUAUCGUCGGCGGGAAGAACGCGCACUUCGGAGACUGGCCUUGGCAGGUCCUGGUCAGAGAAGCUACCUGGCUCGGACUAUUCGUGAAGAACAAAUGCGGCGGUGUCUUGAUUACCAGCAGAUUCGUGACCACGGCUGCCCAUUGUCAACCUGGAUUCUUGGCUUCCCUAGUAGCCGUUUUCGGGGAGAACGAUAUAUCAGGGGACAAGGAGCCAAAGAUUCCGGUCACUCGCAACGUGCGUCGCGUCAUCGUGCACAGGCAGUACGAUCCUGCGACCUUCGAAAACGAUUUGGCGAUUUUAGAACUCGAAACUCCAAUCAAAUUUGACUCUCAUAUAGUACCCAUCUGUCUGCCUCCGGAUGACGCUGAUUUUACUGGCCGAGUUGCAACGGUCACCGGCUGGGGUCGAAUCAAAUAUGGUGGUGGAAUACCUGCUGUGCUCCAAGAAGUUCAGGUACCAGUAAUAGAGAACAGCGCCUGCCAAGAGAUGUUCCACACGGCGGGUCACGACAAGGUCAUCAAAUCGUCCUUCCUCUGCGCCGGCUACGCUAAUGGCCAGAAGGAUUCUUGUGAGGGCGAUAGUGGAGGACCCUUGGUACUACAGAGAGACGACGGCCGUUGGCAACUCGUUGGCACUGUAUCUCACGGCAUCAAAUGCGCAGCUCCAUUCCUACCUGGAGUCUACAUGAGGACCACCUUCUAUAAACCCUGGCUGAAGAGUAUCACUGCUGUUAAAGGUUGAUUGUUCGAGGAUAAAAAACAGCCACUCUUUCGGCAUAUUCUGGUGCUAAUUACCAAUUUUAGUAAAAUGUAAUUAUUCUUUGGUAUUGGUUUAAAAACCUACAACUACUUUGUGUACUAAGCUCAAAUCAACGGAUGUAUAAAAAAUACUUUUGUAAGACUUCAA